UUACUGUAGCUCUGAUCCCGUUUUGUUACGUUACUGCUAUGUGAUGUUUAUAACAGGAGCCCAUGUCCAGCCAAUAUGUCUGCCUUUGCCUGGUGAGAGCAUCCAACCUGAAACCAGUUGCAUUGUGGGUGGAUGGGGCCGGAUUAAGGAAAAGGGUCGUCUUCCUGCGGUACUGAGAGAGGUCCGGUUAGACUUGGUGGACCCGGCCAAAUGCAAACACGUCCUCCGGACUGUUAACCGGAGACCGGCUCGGCCCCAGCCGGCCAUGACAGUUCUGUGUGCCGGGCCAGAGAGAGGAGGGAAAGAUGCCUGCCAGGGGGACUCGGGGGGUCCUCUGGUAUGUCCGGCGGGUUCAGGCGGCGGCCACUGGGUAGCGCUGGGUGUAACUUCCUGGGGGAAGGGAUGUGGUCGGAGCUGGGGAAACAACGGCGGCCGCUCCCCUUCCAGGAGAGGAUCUCCGGGGGUUUUCACUGAUGUCAGGCGGCUGCUGCCUUGGAUUAAGCUGAAACUGAGAGAGGCUGAUGAGCAGCAGGGAACAACUUUAUCCAAACUGUGCAGCGUGAGAGAUGGGCCUGUAACUGACAGUGGGGGGGUUAUCAGAAACCCCGCCCUCCCUGGUGAUCGCUAUGACAACAACCAGUUGUGUGUGUGGAGCAUCAGAGCUCCUCCAGGUUUUAGUGUUCUGUUGGAGUUUCAUCAUUUUGAUCUGGAGGACGACUCUCACUGUCGCUACGAUCGGCUCACCGUCUCAGUCGGGACCCGCAGGCCUGUCGGGACAUACUGUGGAAGUGUCCUUCCUGGCCCUGUGCUCUUGAAUAAUUCCCAGUAUGCAACACUUCUCUUCUCCUCUGACAUUAACAGAGCAGGAAGUGGCUUUAUCAUUAGACAUCAUGCUGUCCGGGGACACUCUAAUCCUGGAUGUGGGACAGUUGUUGUAGUUGAGGACCAGACUGCUGUCCACAGCCCAAAUUACCCACAAUUCUACAGUAUUAACUGUGUCCUUCGCUGGGUGGUCUACGCUCCACGGGGUCACGUUGUUAAGCUGGACUUUGCCGGUUUUGAGCUGGAGGAGUCGGACACAUGCUCGUACGAUUCCCUCACUGUCCUGGGAGAUGUGGAGGGAACAGAGGAGAUUGUGGUGCUGUGCGGUGGCAGUAUUCCUCCCCCCGUCCUGUCCUACCACAGCGUCAUGGUGCUUCAGUUCACGUCAGACAGCAGCAUCGCUCACAGGGGCUUCAGUGCUACGCUGACAUUCAUCAGCCGUGCAGACCUUCAUGAUCAGGACACAUCAGGUGUGGAGAGUCGAAGAGACGCUCUGAGAGAUCACCGAGAUGAUUUGGUGGCUAACCAGCGACACGUAACAUCACACGUGAACUUGGAUGCAGCAGACCCAGGUGUGCAGCAGUCCAGCAGCAGAGCCCUUUCCCAGCAGGCUGAUGUGGACCAUAAGACCUCAGAGGAUCCCAGACUGCAUAUGGACAUGGGCUCAGAUGAUGAAGACUACAGCGGAGAGUCCUCAGGGCCUUGGUGAUAACCAAAUAGAAGAAGGCCUUCUAGACGGUAGACAGUAUGUGGAAUUACACGGGUGGUAUGUUGGUGUUUUAAAGCUGCAGUGGGUAGAAAUGGAGCAAAUAUGAUUAAAAAACGUUAUUUUUUAUAAAACGCUAUAUAUCACUAUAUCCUGACAGUAGUGCAUGAGACAGGUA